UUAAAUUCAUAUACGAGAGAGAUCAUCAAUAGACUUCUGUACAAGAUCAGAUAUGUAAAGACAUGUCGGCCUAUCCUGCUAAAGGCGAGUAGGAGUUUUUGCAAACUGAAUUCUAUGAGCCCACUGUACAGAUGCAGAACUGACAUUUUUACAGAGAUAACACAAAUUAAAGCGAGACGACCUACAAGUCAAUCGGCUCCCCAUCAGAUGAGCAGACUGCAGAAUUGUGCAAAUAACUUGAGCAAUCCCACACUGAUUUCACCCAAAGUGACUGUAACAGGCGCCUGCUAGCUCCUCUUUAUUAAAGAACAAAAGUGUUCAUUUCAAGGUUUCUCUUGACACCACAAUGAGCGGGCGCGUGGAUGAUGUGAUGCAGCUUUGCUGUGAGGUCUCGGCCAGCAGGAAGAUGAAAGCAGCAGUGAAGAGCUCUGGAAAGGGCGCCGCAGCGGCGGGUGGAGGUGCUUUUGUGGGGGGGAUGGUUGGAGGCCCAGCCGGUAUAGCUGUCGGUGGUACAUUGGGAAGUCUCUUGGGAACUUGGAUGACCAGUGGCUAUUUCAAACCUCUUCCUGAGAUCAUCAUGGAGCUGCCUCCUAAAUAUAAGGAGAAACUGUACUCUGAUGUCAUGGCUGCAUUGGGCACUCUGGACUGGACAGACGUCGCUAGCCUCGUUGCUCUGGUUAUGGGCAGUGCCACUCUGCAAGAACAAGUGCUUGCUGCUAUACUCACUUAUGCCAAGAGAGAGCUCAAGGCCGAAGUGCAGUAUGAAAAAUGACCACCAGAGGGUUAAUGUCACCAGCCAGUGUUACUAAGUCUUAGUCCUGUUUGGUUAUAUUAGAUACUCCUGUUGCUUUUGUACCCAUUGUUAUGUUUCUAUAUAUUUUUAUAAUGCCAUUUAAACAGUAUAAAGAACAUGAGCUAUUUCUGGGUUAUACUCUAAUAAAGCACGUGUUGUUUCUGUGGCUAUAUAUUCUCUAAUAAAUAUCUCUCAUCUCUGUGAUGGAUUAGUAGUGUUAUAUGUUUUUAUCGAACUGAAAAUCAAUUCAACAGAUUAUGUGAA